GCCGCUCUGCGAUUCUUUCAUCGACGCCAUGUUCGGGUGCCAGGACUGUGGUGGAACUUGUUGAGAAAUCUUACGCAUUCGCACGGACUCGUUACAGAAACCCAGCCCUAAGUAUACCUGACCAUUUGUUCUAAGAGUUUUCGAUUAUGGCCACCGGUGCGAACACGACUCCGCUAGGACGCAUAUCGUUCCCGGGCUCGAGACCCACCGCGGGCCCCGGCGUGUCUUUGUUGAAGCCGAGCUACAUGGCUGGCGUUCUGCCCCCCGCCGCAACGCAGCCCAAUGGCACCGGCGGCGUCAGCGCAGUGCUCGCACCCCCGCCGGCGCCCCCGACGUUGCCUGCGCCGCCGCCGCCACCGCCAACGCUGCUGACUGUGCCCCCCCUCAAGUACGAGAAGGACCACGACGACCGCGAGAAGGACCGGGAUCGUGAUCGUGAACGCGAACGUGACCGCGAACGUGACCGCGACAGGGACAGCCGAAAGGACCGAGACCGAGACCGGGACAAAGACCGCUCCUCGCGGGAUCGCAGCGGCAAAGACCGCAGUCGGAACCGGAGCAGGAGUCGCGACCGCAACCGCAGUCGUGAUAAGAGCCGCGACAAAAGUCGCGACAAGAGUAGGGAUAAGAGUCGCGACCGCCGGGACCGCGACCGAGACAAGGACCGUGAGCGUGACCGGGAUCGGGAUAAGGACCGUGAUCGGGAUAAAGACCGUGAUCGGGACAAAGACCGGGAUCGGGACAAAGACCGGGAUCGAGAGAAAGAACGGGAGCCUGCGCUCCCUGCCAUGACUGCAGCACCUCCGGUGGUCUCAAUGCUGCCCUCGUGGGCCAGCCAAGACGAGAACAGCAACACGAGCCUCGGCUCGCAGGAGAACUCCGAGCGCCGUCGCAAGAGGCGCAGUCGCUGGUGCUGCGACGAGAAAGAGAAGGUGUUCAUUCCGGGGAUGCCGACUGUGCUCCCGACCAAUCUGGACCCUAACCAGGAGAGGGCCUAUCUGCUUCAACUCCAGAUCGAAGAGCUCAGCCGGAGGCUGCGCACUGAGGACCUUGGCAUCCCAUACAACCCAGAGGAAAGGUCUCCGUCCCCGGAGCCCAUCUACAACAGCGCGGGCAAGAGGCUGAACACGCGAGAGUACCGGGUGCGGAAGAGGUUGGAAGACGAGCGCCACAUGCACAUCACGGAGAUGUUCACCAUCAAUCCGGACUACAAGCCGCCUUCCGACUACAAGCCCCCGCUGAUCCGCGUGAGCGAGAAAGUGAUGAUCCCGCAAGAAGAGCACCCAGACAUCAACUUUGUGGGGCUGCUCAUUGGGCCUCGGGGCAACACGCUCAAGUCCCUGGAGAAGGAGACCGGGGCCAAGAUUAUCAUCCGGGGCAAGGGCUCUGUGAAGGAGGGCAAGGUGGGACGCAAGGACGGCCAGCCCCUGCCUGGCGAGGACGAGCCGCUCCACGCCUUUGUCACCGCCUCCAACCAGGACAACGUGCGCAAGGCUGUCGACAGGAUCAAGGAGAUAAUCCGGCAGGGAGUGGAAGUUCCCGAGGGCCAGAACGAUCUGCGGCGCAUGCAGCUGCGCGAGCUAGCCCUGCUCAACGGGACCCUGCGGGAGAACGACCUGCUCGGGGGACCUCGCUGCUCCAACUGCGGGGCCCCGGGGCACAAGGCUUGGCAGUGCCCUGACCGGCCCAACAUCACCAACAACGUGAUCUGCGCCUGCUGCGGCGGAACGGGCCACAUCGCCAGGGACUGCCGGGAGAGGGGCAAGGGAGGAGGAGGAGGAGGAGGAGGGGGCUAUGGGAGAGGAGGGGGCUUUGGGGGAGACGGAGGAGGAGGAGGCGGCGGACCCCAGUCCAAGAUCGACGAAGAGUACAUGUCUCUCAUGGCCGAGCUGGGAGAGGGACCACCUCCCCCAUCCAAGCGGGACGGUGACGGAGGAAGCCGGGGAGGCGGCGGUGGGGCACCCCAGGGUGCCCUGGGGCCACCCCAAGGUCCUCCCAGAGCGAUCAUGGCACCCCCUCCUCUCGGAGGGAUCAACAGCAACAGCGGCAGCAUGAGCAUGGAUCGCAUGGGCCCCCCGCAGUGGGGUGGAGGACCACCUUCAAAGGGUAUGAUGCUCCAGGGUGGACCCCGCUCGGGUCCCCCUUCCAUGAUGGGGCCCCCUCCGCACAUGGGUGGUGGGAUGAACUGGCAGCCCAUGGGAUCUGGACAGGGUGGGAUGCCGAUGGGUGGUGGUGUGCCCCCUCCCCCGAUGAUGGGACCCCCGCCCCCAACCGGAGCGGGCAUGCCCCCGUGGAUGGGAGGACCUCCCUCGGGACCAGGCGGCCCCUGGCAGUCGCCGAUCGGAGGGGUGCCCCCGCCGCCGCAGAUGUUCCCCUGGGGCGGACCCGGGGGCCCCUUCAUGAACAUGGGCAUGCCCAUGCCCCCUCCGCCCCCUCCCCCGAUGGGGGCCACGACGGGUGGCGGAGACAGCACGACGACCGCCGCAAGCGCCAUCACGGCCACCGGCACCAGCACCACCACGACCACCAUGGUGGACCUGAGCACCCUCGCCGCCCUCUCCGGCGUGCUAGCCGCCCCUCCACCCCCGCCCCCUCCAAGUUGAGGGGUCGCGAUGGACACCGUUUGCGUCGCGUAGCUCGAGACAUUGUGUUCUGUUUUGUGUCUGUUUUGAGUUUGAGACAAGGGCCGUGGCAGGGGGGUUCCAGUUCAGUUGGAAAAAGUGUGCCUGUAGACUUGAGCAGGGUCCGAGCGAUGCUUUUAUGUGCACAUUAGGAACGAGUGAGCGGGGCAAUAAGUUCGGAGGCAGUAGAAGAAUGCACACUUUGUAAAGCUUCCUUUGGCGUGACUUGGCGAAAGCGUCGUUCCGGUAGCGAAAACCGAGAGAAUGAAACACGCAAGAGAGAAAACGGAUUUGCAACUUUUUCAGUAGCAACGAGUAUUUCCCAUCCGUCGGGAGCGUCCUAUUCUUUCAGUUUUUACUACCUUUCCCAACGUGCACCUUUCAUCGUAACUAUCAUUCUGGUUCUUCCUUGUUCGGUUUGGGUGGAGGUUGCAGGAAAAUGUGUCUACUUUCCAUCGGCCAUUCAGUCCAACUAAUAGUGAAUGCUGCUGGCUAGAGCCCCUGGCUUUAUUGAGAUGCUCCCUUUGUGCAAGCACAUGUGAGUUGGGGUUAUUCAUAGAGUCUGUCGUCUUUCUCACAGUUUUUGCUCUGGUAAGGUAGAUGAGACAAUAAAAUAUGGCUUGGCUGGAACAAGUGUGGAAUGUAACGUUGCGAGUUUGUCAGCAAACUUUGAGAUGGACAUUUGGAGCAGGGAUGGGUCAUUUUCCUCAUAGAGUAGGCUAUUGGUGGGUGCUGUAAUUUUUUAUAUCAUGCUUUUAUGAUUUGUUCGUAGCUUGGUUGUCCACUGACUAUGUAGUAGGAGGCAAAUCAGUUUUCUGGAGCCCACUUCUGAUGACUCUGUAUUGACGUUUUCCUAGUGUCGGGACUUUUGUUAAUUUGCACAAAAAGCUGACAGACAUUUGUGUAAGAUACCUUUGUAUGUAAAUGGAGCUCUGAUAAAGAUUAGCUGCGUUCGAUUUGUCUGCACCUCCUGAACCGGUUCAGAAAAUUGUAGGGCAGUGUACUUCCAGUUGGUAUCUCAAUACGCAUACCAGAAGGUACACUGCCCUACACUUUUUGCACUGGUGCAGGUGGUGUAAUUAAAUUGAAUGCAGCUAUUGUUUUUUGUUCUUCUGAUGCAAAAAAUUGGCACUUUCUGUUUCUGAUACCUGUUUCUGUGCUAAUCUUUUCCAACACACUUCUUUGUUUAUUUGAGUAGCCUACAAUAUCGAAGCCAUUGUUUGUGGGUGGCUGUGCUCUUCUAAUUCGAGUGUGUGUGCCUGUUCCUAUUUCGAAAAGCUGCAUUACCACUUGACUAAGUUACAGACCAUGAAGCAUUAUUUGCCCAAAUGUUCUAAUGCUUUUCCAGCAAACAACCAUCUCACCGCUUCUGCACAGCAUGAAAGUUCCCACUGAAAUAUAGAUACAUUAGAUAAGCUUGCAACAUAACAUUAGUAAAUUUUGUAAAUGUUUUCAUUCAGACCUGUGGGUCUUAUUUAAUGUUGUGCACUAUUUCUGACUCCUUGAGUAUGUUUAUUUAGUUCAUACUCUCACGAUGCUCUCAAAUAUGCUUUGGUGUCUGGGCACGCUUGUGCACUGUGGUCGUCAUUAUGUAAAUGUUUCCUGAUCGCAUUAAAAACAUCACUCUUAUGGAAUCAA